AUGAACCAGGUUACCGAAGACAAUCAAGAACAGUGGAAGGAUUUCAUGCGGCACCUGGAAGAUUAUAUCUCUACGAUUGAGAACCUAAUCGAAUGGUUUGAAAGGGAUUCUCCAGAGGCGAUGAGCGUGACCGACGCAUUUAGCCAACCACUGGUUCAUUAUGUCAAACAUCUCGAAGAGCUUCGUUGUGUCAUCAUGAACCAACAGCAUAAAAGAAGUCGCAAUGGCCCGGCUACGCGAAGUCGUAAAGCAAAUUUCGAUCAGUCCGGGAUACGUAGACUCUGGAGAGACAUUGAGGGCGAGUAUCAGCGGUUCACGGAAGCAGCUUACACAGGGUAUAAAGUUCAUAAAUUUGAACGGAGUGUCAAGUCUCCCAAACCUAUGUCCGAAAUCUCUCAGACCUCAGUUAACGCAAGUUCCAUAUGUCAGCUGCCAGUGGUAUCGUCUUUUAUACCUUCCAUCCAUAGAACCUGUCUUGAGGGAACGCGGCAAGAUAUCCUUCGGAGGAUCCAGCACUGGGGCAGUAACGAUAGCUCGGAUAAACCGAUAUUCUGGCUCUGUGAUAUUCCUGGGUCAGGCAAGUCUACAGUCGCAAUGUCCGCAAUCAAAGCGUGGCAGGAACAAGGAACUUUGGGAGCCCAUUUCUUUUUCUCUAUGACCAGCAGCGAAAGGUCUGACACAGAGAAGUUUUGCUCUACCAUAGCGAGUCAUCUAGUCUACUAUAUCCCCGAACUUGUGCCAUCCAUUACCGAAGCCGUGGAGCAGAACCCCUAUGUCAUGCAACGUCCGUUGACGGAGCAGUUUCAGACGCUCGUCACCAGACCGCUUCGCCAUUGGUCGAAGCCUAUAGUCAUUGUGAUAGACGGUGUUGACGAGUGCAAGUCUGGAGCCCAGCGAAAUAAACUGCUCGAGACGCUUGCGAUGGCCGCUGGCGAAUCCAGGCUCCUCAAGAUAUUUAUUACCAGUCGCCCAGACCCCCUAAUCGAACAGGUUCUGCAGCCAUUCUCGAUCAAGGUGAAGUUGGAAGAGCAACUUCACGAUUCCGAUAGUCGUGCCAAGGUCGAUGACAUUGCACUCUAUGUACGUCACUCCCUGCAUGAAGUGUUACCAGAGGACAAGAGACAAUGUCUCGUUGAAAAGGCGGGAGGGUCGUUUGUUUGGGCGAACACGGCUUGUAUGCUCAUUGAAGAAACCAAGUUGGAGCCGGCGAGUAUAUACGAUCUUCUGAUCUCAGUAGACAAACGCGGCGAUACAGAAGAUAUAUACGACAUUGUUCUCGAAAGAACAGACCGAAAUUUUCACUCGACCAUGUGCAGCAUGCUCGCUGUCCUCCUCGCCGCUUUCGAGCCGCUGACUACCAGAGAUUUGAACGACCUCUUCAAGCACACUGGAGUCCAGCAGACUGCCGACAUACUAGUACGGAGCCUUCAAAGUGUACUCUCCCUUAACCGGAUAACAAACGUGAUUCAAUUUCGUCAUCCGACCUUUGUGGAGUACCUUGAGCAUCGUUUCACUGUUCCACCCAUCAACAACCAGCUCAAAUUCUUUAUCGACAUUGCCAAUGCACAUGGCCAGCUCUCAUCUUGGAGUCUCAAGCACCUCAAGUCGCCAACGGAAGGCCUCAGGUUUAAUAUAUGUAAUAUUAAGUCGUCAUUCUACCUGAACAGACAGAUCCCAGACCUCGAGGCCAGAAUAUCCAAAUUCAUUCCGAGAGCCCUUCGAUAUGCCAGCUCUCAUUUGCUGUUUCAUUAUAAGGAAACGGACAGUAAUUGGCGGCGCGAAUUGAACAGUGAACUGGCUGACAUCCUCAAACAUCCAUACGUUCUAUACUGGAUGGAGAUCCUCAGCUUUACUGCGGGAGUCUCAAGAGCAAUCUCCGGUCUUAGAGCCGUUUUACGUCACGGCGAGACUAGUCUGGAUGUAAGAAACCGCAUGAUGGAUAUCCGACGAUUCAUGACAACGUUUUCGGUGCCGAUUCAGGACAGCGCUCCACAUAUCUAUAUUUCGGCGCUCCCGUUUACUCCCACCAGCUCAAUACUCCACAAGGAAGGCCUAAAUCUGUAUCCAAAUACCCUCACAAUAACUCGCGGUCUCGACGCGGAGUACGCCGGAUUACCGGAGGUACUUCACGGCCACGAAGAUUCAGUCAGCGGCAUCGCUUUCUCACCAGACGGUUCAAAGCUUGCAUCUAGCUCUUACGAUGCGACAAUUCGGCUCUGGGAUACAGACACUGGCCGACCCUUACAAGAGCCAAUCCGAGGUCAUGAAGACUCGAUCUACACGCUUGCAUUUUCUCCAGAUGGAUCGCGGAUUGUCUCUGGCUCAUCUGACAGGACGAUCCGACUAUGGGAUGCGGAGACCGGAAAGCCAUUGGGGGUGCCACUCCGAGGCCAUAAACACUGGAUCAGUUCAGUCGCAUUUUCACCAGACGGGUCACAACUCGUAUCUGGCUCGUGGGACACUACUAUUCGCGUUUGGGACGCAGGCACAGGUGCGCCACUUGGAGAGCCGCUGCAAGGCCACGAAGAAAGGGUGACUUGUGUCGUAUUCUCUCCAAAUGGGAUGUAUAUGGCCUCCAGCUCCUGGGAUACGACGGUUCGAAUAUGGGAUGCAAAAACUGGCCACCUUCUUGGCCAGCCACUGCGCGGCCAUGAAGGCUGGAUCAACUCUGUCGCAUAUUCACCAGACGGAUCCAGACUCGUCACGGCAUCAUGGGAUAUGACUAUGCGUAUAUGGGAUGCAGAAACUGGCCAGCAGCUGGGAGAGCCUCUCCGAGGUCAUAAAGACGAUGUAAACGUUGCAGUAUUCUCGUCAGAUGGCUCGUGCAUUAUAUCCGGCUCUUUGGACACCACAAUUCGAGUGUGGGAUGGAAAUAAUGGUAAGCAAAUAGGACGUGCACACCGGGGUCAUCAAGACUCAGUCGGAGCCCUUGCGUUCUCUCCGGACUGUUCGAGAUUUGCCUCUGGAUCAUCGGACAACAGCAUUCGAUUCUGGGACGCCAAAUCUGCUCGACCUUCGGGAAAGCCAAUGCAAGGCCAUUCCAAUUCUGUACUCGCCGUCGCAUUCUCGCCAGACGGAUCUCGGAUUGUUUCCGGUUCCUCUGACGAGACGAUCAGACUCUGGCAUAAAGACUCUGGCCAGGCGUUAGGUAUCCCACUCCACGGUCAUGAAAGCGAUGUCUGCGUUGUCGCGUUCUCACCAGAUGGCUCCAUAAUUGUCUCCAGUUCGGACGACAAGACUGUUCGAUCGUGGGAUGCGACUACUGGACAACCUUUGGGAGAGCCACUAAGGGGUCACGGAGACUACGUGAGGACAUUUGCCUUCUCUCCCGAUGGUUCCAGAAUCGUCUCCGGCUCAUGGGACAAGACGAUUCGCCUGUGGGACCUAAACACUGGCCAGCCGUUGGGCGAACCAUUCAUAGGCCAUGAAGAUUCGGUUUGUGCCGUAGCGUUCUCUCCAGAUGGCUCAAAAAUUGUCUCUGGCUCGGAGGACAAGACGCUUCGACUGUGGGCGGCGCAUACUGGUCAGGGUCUUGGCCCCCCAAUUCGAGGUCACGAAGGCGCAGUAAUGGCCGUUUCAUUCUCUCCUGAUGGCUCACGCAUCGUAUCCGGUUCUUUCGAUAGGACAAUUCGAUGGUGGGAUGCAGCCACUGGACAACCAUUGGGAGAGCCACUCCUUGCUCAUGAGGACAAGAUCCACGCUAUCGCCUUCUCAUCAGAUGGCUUGAGAAUUGCUUCUGGCUCAGAAGACAAGACGAUUAGACUUUGGAAUGCGUGUGAUGGUCGAUUGAUGGGAAGGCCACUCCAAGGCCAUCUGCAUGGAGUCAAUUCUGUGGCCUUCUCACCCGACGGCAAGUAUAUAGUAUCUGGAUCGUCAGACAGAACGGUUCGACUAUGGGAUGCUGAAAGGUGGCUGGAGCUGCUUUUCUCGUCGUCAUUCUCGCUUGGUCAACGUUUCCGUUUAAUCCUCGAUUGUUUUCUUGUCCGUCACGACACGUCCUAG